GCAGGAUGCAAGUGUGGAGUUUUUAAGAGACCCUGAAGGCUUUUGAGAAAAUGGCUCCUUCCAUCACUACUUUAUCUUCCAAAAUUGCCCGCAUCAUCACCUCCAUCUUCAUCAUCUCCACUUCAUUGCCUUCUGCUUCCACUACUGCCAUCCCAAACUCUCCUCCCUUCAAGAAGAUCUAUGCCUUCGGAGACUCGUAUACCGACACUGGUAACACAGGAUCAACCACGGGCCCCAGUGGCUUCAACUAUGUAUCAAAACUGCCUUAUGGCAAGACAUUCUUUCACCACCCCACCAACCGGUAUUCUGAUGGACGGCUUAUGAUUGACUUUGUAGCAGAAGCUUUGUCCCUGCCAUACUUGCCUCCCUACCAGGACCAAACGGCCAAUAAAUCAGCGGGUGUUAACUUUGCCGUUGCUGGAUCCACGGCAAUAGUAUACAGUUUCUUUGUAUCGAACAACCUCGCACUUGACAUCACUCAUCAGUCACUUGGAACCCAGCUCAGUUGGUUCAACAAGUACUUGGAGGGUCAGGGUUGUAAAGGAGACACCACAAGAAGCCAGUGCGAUGCAGCACUAAGUGAUGCAUUGUUUUGGGUUGGUGAAAUUGGAGCCAAUGACUAUGCUUACACCAUUGGCUCUUCUGUGUCAAGCAGCACCAUCCAGAAGCUUGCAAUCAGUAGUGUCACAGGAUUUCUACAGGCAUUGUUGACAAACGGUGCAAAGUAUGUUGUGGUCCAAGGUCUGCCAACGACAGGCUGCCUGCCACUGGCCAUGGCACUGGCUCCAAUAGAUGACAGGGAUGAUCUCGGGUGCGUAGCGAGUGCAAACAAACAAGCCAGCAGCCACAAUGCAGUGCUUCAGUCAAAGUUGCAAGAACUCAGGAAACGGUAUCCUCAGGCUGUGAUUGUCUAUGCUGAUUUCUGGAACGCCUACCGUGCUGUGAUGAAGAAUGCCGGAAAGUAUGGUUUUCGAGAGCCCUUCAGAAGCUGCUGCGGAUCUGGGGGUGGACCAUACAACUUUGAUGUGUCCAAUGCAUGUGGCUCACCGUCAUCGAGCUCCUGCCCAAGCCCUUCUCAAUACAUCAAUUGGGAUGGAGUUCACCUCACUGAAGCCAUGUACAAAGUGGUCGUUGACCUACUCCUCAAUGGCACAUUCAGUCAUCCACCCUUUCAGUACUUGUUGAACAGGAAAAAACAAGCAGCUGGUAUGUACUGAUCAGAGGUCACCAGUCACCUUCGCCACCGAUCUGGAUAGUUGAACUAGUAGUACAAAAUAAAUGGGUGACUUUUCCUUGUAAUUCUUAGUAUAGCCAGUCUGAAAUAUAUUAGUGAAUUCAUACACACAUUAUCAUGGUAGAAGCUUUACUAGAGAGCCACAUUAAAAAACUGUGCAUAGAUUCAGAAUGAUCCAUUGGACAAAGAUGGUAUAAAUCUUACAUAGUUUAUUUCACAACUCAAUAGCAAGCAACAAAAAGAAAUUUCAUGA